AUGCAUACUAGGCUGACGUCGCACAACAGCAUCCACCACCCCCUAACCAACACCCGCUCCGCCCACCCACCAAUAAUCAUCUACCUCCCUCCCGGACCCGUCCUAGCCCACUUUAAUACCUCUGCCGCCACCCCGGACUCGAUCGUCGCCUCAACCCUCGCCUCGAACACCUCCGCAACCGUCGUCCAGCUCAACUACCGCCUCUCCUCGCAACACCAGUACCCAACGCCCAUCCACGACGUCCUGACCGGCUACGACUGGAUCGUGCGACAUCUGGCGCCCAGCUGGGUCACGCGUCAUGGAGCCACGAAGCGCGAAAAGGUGCUCAAGAUUGGAGUUUGUGGGAGCUUGAUGGGGGGAAGCCUCGCGACCAUGCUGGCACUGACCGAGUGCCGCCUAGGCGGCAGCCGCAUCGUCGCGGCCGCUGUCGCCGAGCCGAUUGUGGACUGGGUAUUUGCGCCUCCGUCGCGGAGUGCAGUGGAUACGGAUCUUACGGACGAGGACAUCGUGCCCAGAGCCCAGAAAAGGGGCAAGGCGAAACCGGUCCCCUCGCACGUCCAACACGCCUCCAACCCCCUCCUCCCCGCCUCCACCCUCCUCGCCGCGCGCGACCGCUUCUUCAGGAGCCCGGACGCGUGGCUCGACCCCUUCGCGUCGCCGCUGCUGUUUUUCCGCACGCCGGGGGUAGCGCCGCCGCCUGUGCUGACUUCUUUCUCUCCCUCCUCGACCCCGUCCUCAUCCAGCCGGGAAGACGCCGAGACAGCAGCCCCGCCACCCAGAAAGUCACCCCGCGUAUACCCACCCACGGGCUCCGGGCUGCGCCUCCCGAACAUGCGUGUCACGGUGGGUGAGGAGAGCGUGCUCAGGGAUCAGGGGGUCGAGUUCGUGAAAUACAUGCGGCGGGCCGUGGUCAGGGAGGGUGAGAGGAACGGCGGUGUCGGCGGUGGGGGAAAGACGGAGUAUCUGGAUGGGCUGAGAUCGGCCGGGGAGAGCGGUGAGGGUCUUGGGGAGGAUGGGGCGAGAGAGGGUGGUGCAGCGAGGGCGCAGGCGGAAGCGGAGGCGGAGAAGCAGGUCGUGCUGGAAACGGUGCCGAGGGUUGGGUUGUGGGGGCGGAGUAGUGGAGAUGAGAGAUGGAGGAGGAGCAUCGAGGAUGUGGGGGCGUGGUUCAGGGGCGCCAUGGGUUGA